CGGCGCGAUUAAGAGCCUACCGGGCUCAGUCUAGGCUAGAAGCUAGGUAGUUGACUUAGUGGUGCUUAGGUUCAACUUUAGCUCUGCCUUAAUUACUUACAGGGCUGUCUGGGUUGCUGGUCAAUCAAUGAACCAGGAUGGGGCAGGGCGCGUUUUCAACCUGUAGAGCUCCCAAAAAUUUCUUGACCAUCUCACGAUUCUACGAUUCUACAGCACCGCAUCACUGCACCACCCAACAUCCCUACCUCAGAUCUUCCCAAUUCCUCGCGCGCUGCCACCUAUCGACGUAUUUGGAUGUAAUUGACAAUCUCACACCAUGAGGGGCGCAAAAGCCAACAUUGGCUCGCUUAGCAGCAUGGCUAGCAAAGUCCGCCAGGAAAAGAAGAAGAGCGCCUCUGCGAAAGCGAAAGCCCCACUUGCGCGUGCGCGUGAAGCUAACAAGCCUUUCAAGGGCGCCAACAAACCUGUCGAUUCGAGCAGCGAUAGCGAUAGCGACAGCGACUCUUCCGCAGCUAGCGCGAGCGGUAGCGAUAGUGAUGACGACCUUGAUGCUGCCCGCGCCAAGUUCCUUGCGGGCAAGGCAGCUAAGCAGAAGAAGGCUGCUGAGACCAAGGUGAACGGUCUAAAGCCAGCAUCGACACCAGCGAAACCCUUACCCAAAGGAACUAUCCCACCAUCCGCACAAAAGCCUGCCGGCGAAUCCUCAUCUGGAUCCGAUUCCGAGUCAGACGAGCCGAGUUCUGACGGCUCUUCCUCCAGCCGCCCUCCUGUUAUAGACCAAAGCAAAUCUGUUGUGAAGAAGCAGAAGAGUAAUAACAGCAGUGAUAGCACCAGUUCUAGCGACAGCUCUAGUGAGAGUGAAGGACCUAAUACGGGAAAUAAAGCCCUUGAGAACAAAUCUUCAUCAAGUGAAUCAAGCGAGGACAGCAGCAGCGACAGCGACGAUGAAGGUCGGCCAAGUACCAGUGCUGAGACCGCUGUGAAGGGCAGUACCCAAAACCUAGCCAACACCGCCCAAAGUUCUUCUAGUGAGGAAAGUGAUAGUGAUGAUGAGAGUGACGGUGAUAAGAUGGAUGUCGAUACGUCUAGUAAAGACAACGUCCCGAUAGAGCCAAUGUCUCAAGUGUCGCGAGCACCAUGGUUGAACAACUCCGAUUUCAUGCUUCGCAAAGCGUCUUCUGGCAACCCCGGCAAAGAAGUCGCUGACUUCUUCAGCAACGCCAAUCUAGAGGGCAAGCAGGUGUGGUACUUCACCGCACCGGCUUCUCUCCCUAUCACUGUUUUGAAGGAUAUGGAGAUUGAUCUAUCAAAGGCAACCAAAGGCGAAGCUUUAUUGAGCCACAAUGGCGACAAUUAUGGCUUAGAUCUCGAGUCCUACGCCACGAAUACCCAAAUUCAGUUGCUCAUCCCUUCGGGUAGUGGCGACAAAUAUACAUCCUUGAAUCGCGGCAUUGAUUCUACGGUUCACUUACGGCGCAUGGCAAAGUUUGGCCCGGGCGGUGAAGUUCACGCUACUGCGACAGAUAAUUACGUUCCGGUACCGAAACCUAUAAGACAACAGCCCGAAGGUCUCAGGGUUCGUUAUACUCCUAUUGGUGUUCCUACCCCUGCAAUUCCAAAUAUAGUCCCGACAAAGACGACGCCCGCAAAAGUAUCCGGGUCUCAAGCGAAGAAAAACCCAUAUGUACAGUCGUCUUCUAGCUCAGAUAGCGAGUCCGAGAGUGGAUCUGACGUGGAGAUGACUACGCCGAGCGCAUCAACUAAACCAGCCAGUCAAUCGAAACCGACGAAAUCGGGCCUGGCAAAUGGGGAUCGAAAACGAAAACAUUCGGGCGCUGAUGAUCAAUCAGCUAAACGAGUCAAGGCUGAACAGAUUACGGAAAGAUCGAGUGCCAAAAAACAGGCCACUAUUCAGGCUCCUAAUCCAUCAGCCACACCAUCGAAAAAGUCUUCUAAAGGCAAAGAGAAAAAGGACAAGGUGAAGCAAGAGAAAACACCCAAGUCAACUGCUAUGACACCUACGACAGCGAGGCAAACACCUAUUCCUCUUCCGAAUGUUCCUGGAAUGAGGCGUUAAUACCAAGCUGAUGAAACCUGUGAGACAUUGUCCUUGAGGCUUAUUUGACUUCUACUACAGUUACAGGCGUUAUCU